AUGAAGGGAGCCCCGGAGAUUAUGCUCAGCAAAUGCAGCACCUACCUCUUUCGCGGCCAAACGCGCCAAAUUGACGAGGACUUUAAGGAUGCGUUCAUGUCUGCCUACAAUCGCUUUGGAGCGUCGGGCCGUCGUGUGCUUGGCUUUGCCUAUAAGCACUUUCAAGCCUCAGAUGACGUCAAGUUCAACGAAGAGGCGAAUAAUUUUCCCACCUCAGACUUGCACUUUGUGGGGCUAUCGGCUAUCAUGGACCCGCCCAAAGAGGGCGUACGCGAUGCCAUCGAGGCUUGCCACACGGCGAGCGUCAAGGUCUUCAUGGUCACAGGCGACCACCCUUUGACGGCAGAGGCGAUUGCAAUACAGGGGGGUAGCUGUCUCGUCUCAAUUCUUGUUGAUACCCGGAUUGUGGGUAUUUUGCCAAAGCGGGCGGCGAAGCGAGAGUCAGACUCUUCUGAAGGUGUCAGUCCGGCCCAGGACAGCAUCAACCCCAAUCGACUUCGCGUCAUCAAGGGACCUGAUGUCUCCAAACUGACGGCCGAGGACUGGCGCCUCAUUCUCAGCCGUGACAUGGGCACAGUUUUUGCUCGCACUACUCCUCAAGACAAACUCUACAUCGUUCGCAAGUGCAAGGAAUUUGGACAAGUCGUUGCUGUCACGGGGUAA